AUGCCUGAAAGCGACUCCGAUUCGGUGAUCCCCGCCCAGCUGUCUUUCCUCGCCAUCUACAACCCAACCCUCGGCCCCACCGAUGAGACACUUGAGGACCAGAUCGUGUUCUACACCUCCAGGGCCGAUCUCCAAAGAGAAGAUGACUCUGCGACAACCGAGAGUGGUGGGAAGUUGGAGGGAAAUGAUAAGAAUGAACGACUGCGCCAGAUAGGUCUGGCGCAAGGCAUGGUCAACUUCGCCAGUAACUUCUCGCCGGGAAAGCCUCUGGAAUAUGUUGAGACUGAUAAGGCGAGGUUUAUUCUUGUUCAGCUGGAGCAGGACUGGUGGGCUGUCGCAUCUAUCGACUUAACUCGUCUUCCCGCCGAUCCAAACCAAACACUCUCAAGUGAAGAUAAUGGCACUUCUGUAUAUCAAUAUUCAGCCAGGGAAAUGGGACCCCCGCAACUAUUCCUCCAACAACUACGCCGCGCACACUCCCUCUUUCUCCUCCACCAUGAUUUCUCUUUGGAUGCGCUCUAUGAACGUGUUGGCCGGUCCGUUCUCUGUCUUUUCCUCGAACGCUUUUGGGAGAAGUUUGCCUGGAAUUGGGAACUUCUACUCACGGGAAAUCCCAUCGUCGAAAUAUACAAUGGCAUCAAACUCGCCGCUGGCGGAGAGUUGGGUGUAGGUGUUGGAGAGGAAGAGUGGGGUAGUGGUGAGAGAGAGGUCCUCGAAGACUUUGUUGCCAGGACAGAUGGUCUGCUGGACCUAGUUGUGUCAAGAUUUGGCGAACCGGCUCCCCAGCCGAAUGAUUCUCCGCCGACGGUCGAGUCGAACAGUCAAAACGCUUGGCUGGGAUCAGAUCAGACCCCUCGACCAGCCGAUGGUGUCGUCUUUUCAGGGCUUGGAGCCGUCUCCCGUCUCUCUUUGGCGCGUGUCUCGCACUGGAUGGAAUGGAUUUAUAGAUACGGAGAUACGACAUAUGGAGUAGGACGGGACCCGGCCUCACUGCGUCGACGCAAGCCACGGAGGCGAGACAAACAGAAAUCCGAAAAUGCCACGGCUAGCCCGCAAAAUAGCGUACUGCCCUCGACUCCCGAGAUGCAUCACAGCCAUACACCAGGAAUACCGCGUCCACUGGUCAUAGCUGCACCGCAACCGCAACCGACCCCGGACCGUCAAAAAGAAACGAACGCUGCGGAUGGAACAUCAGACAGCACGUUAUCCACGAAUGAACAAGGAUUUGGGACUGAAACGGUCAUGAAAUAUCUGACCCUUGGAUAUGGCUCCGCAUGGAGUUUCUCCAAAUCAAACUCCCCGUCUCCCGAUAACUCGACUGCGGCCGCGAAUGAAUCGACGGUGGACUCUCGGCAACAAAGCGGCAAUUCCUCGGGUGCUGCGAAAUCUUCGUUAUCAAAUGAGCAUCGAAAUGAGCCAAGAAACAACACUUCAGGUCGCUUCAUACUCGGUCCGCGUGAUGACUUGAAUCUACUCGAUGAUUUAGAAGAAGAGAGCCCAGCGCCUGAGGCGGAGGCUAGCAAGCCCAAGAGCCGUAUAAUACAUAGGUUCAUUCAUAUCCAUACCUCAGACGAAAGCUCGAAAAAGCUUCAAGCGGUCAUCUACGUUAAUCAACCAUUCGUGUUUACAUUCCUCUUCGACCCAGAAACACCCUCACUCUCUUCACCAACUCUCUAUACAAGCAUUCACCACCAGCUCGGUCCUCUCCAAAAACCACUUCUAGCAUCGACAUCACCAGCAACAGCUGCAGCACGUAUCCCCCAUCCCGACGCCCCAGACACCAGCAACCGCGCCACACGAUCCAAAUCCCAAUCACUCUACGACUUCGUCUACGAUCCCUCCAAUCUAACAAUCCGAUCUUCAAUCCCCAACAUCCCAUCUCUCGGAUCCCCAUCCUCGCACCACCGUGAAAACAAUCCACGCACCCCAUCCCCCUCCCAACCAAAACCAAGCACACCCUUAUCCCGCAUCGAAAGCCUCGCCAUCCACCACCGCCUCUUAACAACAUACACCGACACCCGCUCCAGACCCCUGGAACUAGAACGCACCUGUAAAACCAGUCGCGGGUGGUGGAUCAUCUGGGUACGCAUCCCACAAACGCAGGACACGGGCACACAUACUCCCUCACCUGCACCCCUCUCAACAACAUCCUCAUCAGCAGCCCUCUCAUCCAUGGCCGAAGGCUCAGUCUCAGUCUCAGCCUCGAUCAAAGGCUCAAUCCCAGAAUCACCACAGGCCCAGCCACAAGAAGCAUUCCUCGUCCGUAAGGCGGUCGACUACGUUUCUCCGGGCCACGCCCGCGUGAGCAGCGGCGCGCGCUUUUUCCGGGACUUGGGCGGUGCUUCUUCGUCGAAAUUUGGAUCUGGGUCUGGGUCUGGAAGGGCGGAUACUACGCCGUCGAAGUUGGUGGAGGGUAUUGGUAUGGAUGCGAGGAGGUAUAUUGAGGGGUUGUUACGGUUUAAUCGGUGA